UGCUGACCGCCGUGGAGGGAGCAUGUGCUCGUCUACCCUCCUGAUGCUGGUCACGUGAUACCGGGCAAGAGAGCCAAAGUUUGAGAAGGGUCAGAACGAAAGAUCGUACCGAAAUGGCUCUGUUGUGUCAAACGAUGUGAGUACUGUACGAAUAGACGUGUCUCUUUCACUGUGAUGGAACGUUGCAAACUGAAAUAAACUUCAGUUGUAAAAAAUAUUUGUUUUCACUGCAAUCAUAAGUUAUUUAUUCACUGGAAAUUAAACUUGAAAUCAUAAAAGAGAUAAUGGCACGAUUAGACGACCAGGAAACGAUGAAAGGCAGUGAAAUGGGGACAGUAGACGAUAACAAUAACAGUGACAGCAACAGCAGCUCCCCCGAGGAGCACUCCGACGCGGCCAAGUCCCCGGGCCCCUCCGGCGGGAAGUACCAGCUGCGGCCGCGGUCGGUUCACGCCCGGCGCCUCUGCGACAGCGACUGGAGCUUCGGGGAGAGCCUGCGACACAAGCCGCGUGCGGCGCCGCUGUCCAGGUACCGCAGGAAGACCGCCAACGCCCGGGAGCGCUACCGCAUGCGGCAGAUCAACACCGCCUUCGAGAGCCUCCGCGGCGUGUUGCCGUCGUGGGUGUGCAGUCGCCGCGCCGCCUCGGACAUGACCAAGAUCGCCACGCUGAAACUCGCCUCCGCCUACAUCCGGUCCCUGCAGGACAUCCUGGACGGCAGCGCCCCGCAGGACACGUGCUCGUGGGUCCUCUCCGCCAUCCUGGACAACACGCCGCCAGGCCCCCAGAAGCCAGCCUCGCCCAUCCACCAGGCCUCGAGCGGGCAGUUCCUCGAGCACCAGGGUCAGGGGGCUGACCUGGUCUCCAUCCUGACGGGAGCCUCGUCGCACCAGGUCUUCCAAGACAACCUUGAGUCCUUCUGCUACAUGUCCCCGGUCUCGCAUAAUGACGACUUCUUGCUGGGCUGUGAACCGCCGCGAGUCUGGAGUGAGGCAUAGAGAGGAGGAGGGAGAGUGAGCAAGAGAGGGAGGAGAGAGAAGGAAGAAUGAACAAAGAAGAGAGGAGAGGGCAGAGAGGAGAGAGAGAGAGAGAGAGAGAGAGAGAGAGAGAGAGAGAGAGAGAGAGAGAGAGAGAGAGAGAGAGAGAGAGUCAGUAAGAAUGAGCAAUGGAAAAGGGGUAACUGAGAGAAAGAGUAGGAGGUCAGAGAGGAAAGAUCGAGAAAGCGACAGCGAGACUGAGGGAGGGGAGGAGAGAGAGAAAAGGAGAGAGAGAAAGAGAGAGAGAGAGAGAGAGAGAGAGAGAGAGUGAGAAAGAGAGAGAGAGAGAGACAGUGAGAAAUAGAGAGAAAGAAAGAGCGAGGAAGAGAGAUGAGAAAAGGGGAGAAAGGGUGAUACAAAAAACAACCAAGUGAGAGAAAACAAAAUAAAAGAGGAAAAAAAACACCAGAGAUAAAUAGGCAUGCUGAUUAUCUUCCAAAAGAAGAAAGUGUCACUCCGCAGAAAAUCAUUGAAAAGGGGGGAAAAAAUAUAUUCUUCUGGGUAGCCGACAUGUCUUAAGAAAUUGGAAAAAAAAAAAAAAAAAAAAAAAAAACAACAACAGAGAGACAGAGAGGCAAUAAGGAAAAAAACGGAAAUAAUUUGUGAUUAAAACACAAUCUUAAGCAGUUUGGAAAGUCACACGUGCCAUAAACUCCAUAAACUCCGAUAACUGAUACCGUUGAUCAAUAACUUUGACUUCGUUUUUCUUUUUCUUUUUUCAAGUGAAGUGGUAUUGAACUCUACGCACACAACACCACAGGCGUUCGGAUUCUAGUCAAGUAGUGGUGCCAUAACCUGAACGCUGUGAAGAUUGCGUCACUUAUUGGGAAUCGUAGAUUACAGGAAGGGUAGAUGUAGCGGACAGAUUUUUUCUUUUUUUUAAGAUAUAGAAAAAGAGGGGAAUAUAGAUGUACUAUAUUAGAACAUAAGCCAAUACGUUAUUUAUGAUGUAAUAUAUGUUGUUAUUAAAACGGUUUUCCUAA